UAAUGGAAAUUUUGGUAUUUUUUCGAUUAGCAGCAUCGACAUGAUUGGUAUCGGUUUUUGAGCCAUCUCUAUUUCAUGCCGGCACGCAAAUGCGAAAACUGAUGAAAUCGCGACCUUAUAAAUAGCAAACGAUUAGCUGGUAUAGUAAACCCCCGGAAAAUCAGGAUGGUGGUGCGUCCGUACAACGAUGAGCUCAAGUACCUCGAGAAGGUGAGCGACCAUUGCUGGCGCAUCAAAAAGGGCUUCCAGCCGAAUAUGAACGUAGAGGGAUGCUUCUAUGUGAACAGUCGCCUGGAACGCUUGAUGCUGGAGGAGCUGAAGAACUCAUGUCGCCCAGGAGCGGUAGGUGGAUUCCUUCCCGGAGUCAAACAGAUAGCCAAUGUGGCUGCUCUGCCGGGAAUAGUGGGUCGGUCCAUCGGUCUGCCUGAUAUCCAUUCGGGCUAUGGAUUCGCCAUUGGCAACAUGGCUGCUUUUGAUAUGGAUGAUCCCUUGUCUAUCGUAAGUCCUGGAGGUGUGGGCUUCGACAUCAAUUGUGGCGUUCGGUUGCUACGUACGAAUCUCUUUGAGAAAGAUGUGCAGCCCUUGAAGGAGCAACUUGCGCAGUCUCUAUUUGAUCACAUCCCCGUGGGAGUUGGUUCCAAGGGCAUCAUCCCAAUGAAUGCCCGCGAUUUGGAGGAGGCUCUUGAAAUGGGCAUGGACUGGUCCCUUAGGGAGGGCUAUGUGUGGGCAGAGGAUAAAGAGCACUGCGAGGAGUACGGUCGAAUGCUAAAUGCUGAUCCCGCCAAGGUGAGCAUGCGAGCCAAGAAGCGAGGACUGCCCCAGCUGGGAACCCUGGGUGCUGGAAAUCAUUACGCCGAAAUUCAGGUGGUGGACGAGAUCUACGAUAAGUGGAGCGCCUCCAAGAUGGGCAUCGAGGAAAAGGGUCAGGUCGUGGUGAUGAUUCACUCAGGCAGCCGGGGAUUCGGCCAUCAGGUCGCAACCGAUGCUUUGGUCCAGAUGGAAAAGGCCAUGAAGCGUGACAAGAUCGAGACCAAUGAUCGGCAGCUCGCCUGCGCCAGGAUCAACUCGGUGGAGGGACAGGAUUACCUAAAGGCCAUGGCAGCGGCUGCAAAUUUUGCCUGGGUCAAUCGCAGCUCUAUGACUUUCCUCACCCGCCAGGCAUUCGCCAAGAUGUUUAACACGACCCCAGAUGAUCUCGACAUGCACGUUAUUUACGAUGUUUCGCACAAUAUUGCCAAGGUGGAGAACCACAUUGUGGACGGCAAGGAGCGGAAGUUGUUGGUCCACCGAAAGGGAUCUACGCGUGCAUUUCCUCCACACCAUCCUCUCAUACCAGUAGAUUAUCAGCUAACAGGACAGCCUGUUCUGGUGGGUGGAACAAUGGGCACCUGCAGUUAUGUGCUGACUGGAACGGAGCAAGGAAUGCAGGAGACAUUCGGCAGCACUUGCCAUGGAGCGGGUCGAGCCUUAUCUCGUGCCAAGUCCCGUCGUAAUCUGGACUACAAGGAGGUACUGGACAAACUGGAUCAGUUGGGUAUUGCCAUUCGUGUGGCCUCGCCGAAGUUGGUUAUGGAGGAGGCUCCUGAAUCCUAUAAGGACGUAACUGACGUGGUAGACACCUGCCAUGCGGCAGGCAUAAGCAAGAAAUGCAUAAAAAUGCGACCUAUUGCGGUCAUCAAGGGAUAAUUUUAGUUUUUUUUUAUAAUUUUUGUAAUUAAUUCAAUAAUGAUUUAUAAAUAUCUGGUUUGACUUCUCUAUUUAAGAUGUGAUCAAGCAAAUAUUUAUUUCCUCAAAAUUAUAUUAAAAAUAUAAUUGAACUAUCACAAAAAACUGCAGCUAUGACCAAAUUCCCAAAUAUAUGCAUAAA